AGACAUGGGAGUCCUAUGGAGGCUUCUCUGGGACGCGGCGAGUUCUGUCCCACGCACUUGUACCGCCCGCGGGGUUGGCAGCGGGGGCAAGGGGUUGUGGCGGCGGGCCAGGCAGCUUCUCUGGUUUCCCCACAAACAAGAAGAGGCGAGAGUUCACUCGCUCAGCCCUUUGCGAGAGGGCCUGGUACUUUCGUUCCAAAGCUCCCGUUUCCUCGGGGAACAGAAUUGCGUCACGCAGUAGGUGCGUUGUCUUUAGUCUUCCCCCGUUCCCUCUGGGGGACCGGAAGGGGUUAAAGCCCAGGCUCCGGCGUCGCGAGAGAAGGAGCGGCCUCGUUAGCAGGAAGGGGCGAGCGGGAAGUUCCUCGGACCCGACCGCAGUCGCUAGAUUGCUGCUCCGGCUCGCCUGGCCGGAGGAGAGACGGGAGGUUAGGCUCUGGAUGCGUUUCCACGAGUCUAGAGUGGAUUUUGCAGCGGAGAGCGACGGUAGCGCGAUGAAGUUGUGAGCGUCUCCUUCGAAAAGUCCGCGCCCUCCGCCGCCGCCGCCGGGAGACGAACCACACACACAAGCUUCGUUAUUAUUAUUCAGUAUGUUUCCACUGACUGAGGAAAACAAGCACGUGGCCCAGUUGUUGCUCAGUACUGGUACCUGUCCAAGAUGUAUUUUCAGAUUCUGUGGUGUGGAUUUUCAUGCACCUUACAAACUUCCCUACAAGGAGUUGCUCAAUGAACUACAGAAAUUUCUGGAAACUGAAAAAGAUGAAUUAAUUUUGGAAGUUCCAAACCCACCUCCCAAGAAAAUUCGACUACAAGAACUAGAAGAUGGGACUGAUAGGAUUGAUAAUCUGAGUCAGAAUGGAGAGGGAAAGGUCUCCAAUAUUGAAGAUGGUCACAUUGCUUCCAAGAAUUCAAAUUUAAAUGUGUGCAAUGUAUGUCUAGGAAUUCUUCAAGAAUUUUGUGAAAAAGAAUUCAUUAAAAAGGUGUGCCAAAAAGUUGAGGCCUCUGGGUUUGAAUUUACCAACUUGGUAUUUUCAGUCUCCUUCCCACCACAGCUAUCUGUAAGAGAGCAUGCUGCAUCGUUGCUGGUAAAACAGGAAAUGGGAAAGCAGAGUCUGUCGCUGGGAAGAAAUGAUAUAGUGCAGCUAAAAGAAGCCUACAAAUGGAUAACUCACCCCCUGUUUUCAGAGGAACUGGGUGUUCCCAUUGAUGGAAAGAGCUUGUUUGAAGUAAGUGUGGUCUUUGCUCACCCAGAAACAGUUGAGGAUUGCCACUUCCUACGUGCGAUAUGCCCAGAGUGCUUCAAGCCAGCGAAAAACAAACAGUCAGUGUUCACUAGAAUGGCAGUUAUGAAAGCGUUGAAUAAGAUAAAAGAAGAGGAUUUCCGCAAGCAGUUUCCUUGUCCUCCAAACUCACCAAAGGCUGUAUGCACUGUUCUUGAAAUUGAGUGUGCUCAUGGUGCUGUUUUUGUGGCUGGGAGAUACAAUAAAUAUUCCAGGAAUCUACCACAGACUCCUUGGAUAAUUGAUGGAGAAAGGAAGCUGGAAUCUUCAGUGGAAGAAUUAAUUUCAGAUCAUCUUUUGGCAGUAUUCAAAGCAGAGAGUUUUAAUUUUUCCUCCUCUGGAAGAGAAGAUGUAGAUGUGAGAACAUUAGGAAAUGGAAGGCCCUUUGCAAUUGAGCUGGUGAAUCCUCAUAGAGUACAUUUCACUUCACAAGAAAUUAAGGAACUUCAGCAGAAAAUUAAUAAUUCAUCUAACAAAAUCCAAGUCCGUGACUUGCAGCUUGUCACAAGAGAGGCAAUAGGACAUAUGAAAGAAGGUGAAGAAGAAAAGACCAAGUCCUAUAGUGCCUUAAUAUGGACAAAUAAAGCCAUACAGAAGAAAGACAUUGAAUUCCUAAAUGACAUAAAGGACUUAAAGAUCGACCAGAAAACACCUCUGCGGGUCCUUCACCGGAGGCCCCUGGCUGUGAGAACUCGCAUCAUUCACUCCAUGGAGACACGCUAUGUGGAUGAACAUCAUUUCCACCUCUAUCUGAAGACUCAAGCCGGGACCUACAUUAAGGAGUUUGUACAUGGAGACUUUGGGAGAACCAAGCCGAACAUUGGCUCUCUAAUGAAUGUGACGGCAGACAUUCUUGAGCUGGAUGUUGAGUCUGUAGAUGUUGACUGGCCCCCAGCUCUGGAUGACUAGCAUUCAAAAUUGGAAACAGAGUAGGGUUUUCGUGGCAUGAUGUGGACCUCCAUUCAGCAUACACUGUAUAAUAGCUCUUUACUCAGCAUUACAGUGUCUUGGAAACCAUUUGGAUCAUGUUGAUCUACGUAUUUUAAAAUUUGUUGUAACAUCUCAGGAUCUAUGUAUGUGUAUAUUUUGUGUUAAAUGUUCUAAGGAUGUCUUAUGAUUUUUCUUGUUCCCUCUCCAACCCUCCACAUGCCAAACUAUGAAUAAUGAAAACAUUCUCUUAAUUCUUUCAUCUAGAGAAGUACACAAACAGGAUACAUUCUCUAAUAAUCUGAGAAGCUAUAAUUUCUUUUGGCAGAAUUUUCCUCCAUAAGACAUACCACCUUCAAAAUCAUGUUCUAAAUUUUUAAAAUGAUCUUGAUAGAAGUUCUAUCUAGAUUUAUACAGCACAGUAUCCUAUAAUAUUCUAAGGUAUCAAUGCAAAUCUAACAUCAUUAAUAUUUUUCCCAGUAAGCUUUAAGCAAGCUAUUACCAACAGAAGUACUUUUUGAUAUAAUCUGUCACAAAUCUUAAUGACUUCAAGUUACUGUUUUGACAACUUAAAGAUUUCAAUACAUUUCCUGGGGAGGGAAAGUGAAACCGUAGGAAUUGAGGCAUACAUCUUUUAAAUAAGGAGACACAAGUGCCUUCAGUAACUUCAAACCCAGGGAUAAGAUUUUGAAAAAUUAAGAUUGCUAAACAAUCUGCUGUUAUUCGAGUGCUUCAAUAUAUUAUCCAAUUUCAAACAUCUUCAUCAAGUGGAUAGGAUAUUAUCAUUUCCAUUUUAUAAAUAUGAAAACCAAAGAAUGAAAGUUAAAUGAUUUAUCUAAAAUUGUUAGUUACUUCCAUAUCAGGGGUUAAAACUGAAGUUUCCUGGUCUCUAGGGCCCUUUCUUAAUAAACUUUGUGAGUGAGCACCCACUGUGUGAAGGAGGCACCAGAGAAUGUCACUUAAAUGCACUAACCAUGAGAAAUGACUUUUGGAAUUUAUAUACCAAAUCAAGGAGCUUGCCAAAAAAUAGCCCAAGUAUACUUCAUAUGACCUUAUAUGAUUACCAUUUGUUAAUAAGUUCAUCAUCAGUUGGUACUAUGAAGAGGAAAAACAUGAAAUAAGCCAAACCUAAAGAAAAUGGAUGGGUCAUUAAAAGAAACGUUUCAACAAUUUAAAAUUUCAGAUUUAAGUGUAAUUUCUAUCACCCUGAUUCAACUAUCUGAACUUAUUUUAGAACACAUGUGACUUGAACAGUAUUGGAUGAUUGUUGUCCCAUCUCUUCAUUAAACAUGCUUCAUAGAUACCAAGAUGUAUUAUUCAUUUUAGAAAUCAGGAAAAUUAUUUAAUUGACAUGAAGAAGUUUCAUAUAUGAAUACUAGCAAAUAAUAGUUUCACUAUUUUCAAUGCCAGAAAAUGAGAAAGGGAUAAUAGAAAUAAACUUCUGAUAAAAAGGUAAGAA